AUGACGCCCCAAGAGGUCCUUAGGAUCAUUAUCCCUGAAAAGCUGUCAGAAUGGGAGCCAGAGCCCAACCCACACUCAUGCACUAGAGAGGCUGCCUUGAUCACCUCUGCUCUGGAGGACCUGCCUGUGGGGAUGUUCCCGAAGAUGUUCAGACUUACAAACAUCCUGAGGGCCAUGGUGCUUGCCUGGCCUUUCCCAUGCCUUCCUGCAGGAGGCCUGUUUUACCCCCAUCUGGAGACUCUGAAAGCUCUGCUUGAUGGACUGGAUGUGUUGAUUACAGAGAAGGUUCAUUCCAGGUCGAAACUCAGAGUGCUUGAUUUGAUAAACAUGAACCUUGACUGCUGGAGCCUUAAUGCUAGAAGCCAUGAAGGUGACUGCUUGCUACAAGCCAUGAGGCAGCAAAAGUCAGUGGAGAUGUGUCCUAACUCUGUGCAGGAGAAAUCUUUUACGGUAGUAACUGAUGUUGAAGUCAGGCGAGUCAGUUUCAAUGAAUGUGUCGCACACUUGUUGCAGUGGGCCAAGCAGCAGGAAGCUUCCGUUCAUGUGUGCUGUAGAAGGCUGCAUAUUUUGGAUGCACCCAUCUUCACUGCCACAUGGUUCUUCAAAAUGGUAAAUGUAGACUGUAUCCGGGAGCUGCAGUUGAGUCACUGGUGGCUUCAAUACAUGGCACACGUUUUUCCUUACCUGGGACAGAUGAGAAAUCUUCACACCCUCAUCCUAGAAAUAAUUCAGAAGCCCUUCAGGGCAGAUGCUUCUGCAGAGCUGGAAUGGAUAAAACUGUUGCUUUCUCAGUUCUCCAAACUCCCCUGUCUCCAGAAUCUCUGUGCAAAUGGCAUCUACUUUGUAACAGGAUGCCUUGAAGAGUGGCUCAGGUGUCUGGAGAAGCCCUUGGAGACCCUGUGCAUCACUUCCUGCCACUUCUCAUACUCAGACUUGGAUUACCUUCUCCAGUUUCUCAACCUUUCUGAGUUAACGUCUGUCCCUGAGUUCCUCACUUUUAGGUGUUUGGCACCUGUGUGUGUGAAGGUCAAGAUGAGCUCGCCCUUGACACUACAGAUGCUAGCAAGAAGUAGUCUGCUCAAAAAUGAAGCCUUGGUUAUCUCCGCUCUGAAUAACCUUCCCAUGGAACUCUUCCCACCACUAUUCAAAGAUGCCUUUAAGGGGAAACAAACAAACAUCUUGAGUGCUAUGGUGGCAGCCUGGCCAUUCAGAUGCCUUCCUGUGGGAGCCCUGAUGAAAUUUCAUGACAUGAAUAUAUUGGAGGCUGUGCUGGAUGGCCUCGAUCUGCUGAUUCAGCAGAAGGAUCGACCUAGGAGUUGUAAACUAAAGGUGCUUGAUUUUCGGGAUGCCUGUCAUAACUUCUGGAAUGUGUGGGCUGGAACGAGGAUGGUCUGCUCUCCAGAUGUCGUCAGAGAAACCCAACCAGUGGUGCACCAUCCUGAAAGACAGAGAAAAGAGGUUGUGACUGUGAUGAUGAACCUUUCCCUCAAUUCCAGCCAUCUCUGUAAAUACCUGGAAUAUUUCCACUGCUGGGCCCAGCAGAGAAAAGAUGUGCUGCAGGUGAUCUGUGAAAAGCUGGAAUUUGGGGCCCUCCCUGUCUAUAACCCCCUAGAGCUGCUGGAGGUUUUUGAGCCAAGCUACAUACAGGAACUGGAAGUGAAUGCUUGCUGGGAUAUGAGGACCCUUGCAAAGUUUUCCCCUGGCCUAGGUCAGAUGAAAACCCUUCAGAAACUAUGUAUCAAAGAAAUCUUCAUGCCCUUGAAUUGUUUUUCCAACCGAGAGAUGAAGGAAUGGUGUUUUACACAGAUCAUUUCCCAGUUGUCCCAACUCAAAAAUCUCCAGCAUCUCUAUUUGAAUCGUGUCUUCUUCCUUAAUUCAAGACUGGACCAAGUGCUCAGGUACUUGGAAAGUCCCUUAGAGACCCUCGCAAUCACUGGCUGCACUCUAUCAGAAUCAGACAUGAGUUACCUGUCCCAGUGUCCAAGCGUCCAUCGGCUCACACAUCUGGACCUGAGUGGUGUCACCUUUGUAAAUUUAAGUCAUCCACUUCUAGGAAGACUGCUAGAGAGAUUGACAUCUACCCUGCAGACAUUAAAAUUGGAGGGUUGUAUGCUCAUGGACUUCCAAAUGGGUGUCAUCCUUCCUGCCCUGAGCCAGUGUUGCCAGCUGGUGGAGGUGAAUUUUAUGAAGAACUUCCUGUCUUUGACCAGCCUUAAGAAGCUGCUUCAGCAUACUGUCAACCUGACACAGCUCACUUUGGAGAUGUACCCUGCCCCUGAUGAAGUGUAUGAUGACAUUGGUGAUGUCCUGCCACACAGAUUUGCCCAAUUUUGUUGUGAGCUCUUGGAAACACUUAGAGCUAUAAGACAGCCAAAUGAGGUCUACUUUGUGAGUAAGAAAUGUGUGGAUUGCCGGGGAUUCUGUGUCUAUGACCAGGAGAGAAAAAUAAUGAGUCAACAUGCCAUUCUCUUGGAAAUUUUCUACACCUCAGCUUCAUAUAAUCUCAGUAAGAAAGUCUAA